GGCAUGGGCUCCGCUUCCCCUGCCGCUGCAGGCAGGAAUCUCCCACCUCUGCGGGCUGGCUGUCCGUGAAUGCCUCAAACCAGCUGUGAGAAAACAGCCUUUUAGCCUGGGCAAGUCAGCCGGGGCCUUUGAGGAUUAACCCAUCUGAUAGCUGACUUUACAGAGACUGAAAGUCCAGGUGCCUUAGGGGGAGUGGAGGGCGGUACAGGAAUGGGACUGUGACUACGUGGAGAACAAAUUCUGAGGGCUGCAGUUCACCCACGCUCUGCUCCAGCGAUCCUUUUGCAGGGGACCAUGGAGAGCCGGUGCUGAGUUCGAGUGCUCGGCAGAAGCAGCAGCGGGCUGGUGAAGAUGGAGAAUGGCACAGGAGACGAGCAGAACCAGACUGGGCUGCCACUAUCAAGCCAGGAGAUCAUUACAGCUGAAUACCAAGUGGUUACCAUCCUCUUGGUCCUCCUCAUCUGCGGGCUGGGCAUCGUGGGCAACGUCAUGGUAGUUUUGGUGGUCCUCAGAACCAAGCACAUGAGAACUCCCACUAACUGCUAUCUGGUGAGUCUGGCUGUGGCAGAUCUCAUGGUGCUUGUGGCUGCAGGACUGCCCAAUAUCACAGAGAGCCUGUACAGAUCCUGGGUGUACGGCUACGUCGGGUGCCUCUGCAUCACCUAUCUCCAGUACCUGGGCAUCAACGCUUCUUCUUUCUCCAUUGCUGCCUUCACCAUCGAGAGGUACAUAGCCAUCUGCCACCCAAUCAAAGCUCAAUUCCUAUGCACUUUUUCAAGAGCCAAAAAGAUCAUUGUUUUUGUUUGGGCUUUCACCUCCAUAUACUGUAUGCUCUGGUUUUUCUUGCUAGACCUUAAUACAGUAGCCUACAAAGAGACUACUGUGGUGUCCUGUGGCUACAAGGUCUCCAGGAGCUAUUACUCUCCUAUCUACAUGAUGGACUUUGGUAUAUUUUAUGUUGUGCCAAUGGUAUUGGCAACUGUCCUCUAUGGCCUGAUUGCUAGAAUACUGUUCCUGAACCCCAUCCCUUCAGACCCAAAAGAAAACUCUAAGACCUGGAGGAAUGAUGUGGCUCACCAAAGCAAGCCUAUGAAUUCCAAGAUGACUAGCAGGAGUUUCAAUAGCACUAUUGCUUCUCGAAGGCAGGUUACCAAGAUGCUGGCCGUGGUUGUGAUCCUGUUUGCAUUCCUGUGGAUGCCCUACCGCACCCUGGUUGUUGUCAAUUCCUUUCUUUCCAGACCCUUCCAAGAAAACUGGUUCCUGCUAUUUUGCAGAAUCUGUAUUUAUUUAAAUAGUGCCAUCAAUCCUGUAAUUUAUAAUCUCAUGUCCCAGAAAUUCAGAGCAGCCUUCAGGAAACUGUGCAACUACCAGCAGAAACAGGAGAAGAAACCUGCCAGUUACAGCAUGGCCCUCAAUUAUAAUGUCAUCAAGGAUUCUGAUCAUUUCAGCACUGAGCUAGAAGAUAUUACCAAUACCUACCUGUCCUCUGCAAAACUGUCCAUUGGUGAUACGUGUUUGUCAUCCAAGGCCUGAGGCCCACCUUGUUCUGAGUGUGCAGCCAUAUAAGACGUUUGGAUGCUCCGUUCCCACCAACUGUAUGAAUUUUAAGGACGUUUCUGCUCACGGAAUUGCAGAAGCUACCAUAAAUCUUUACCUACCUGCCUGUGCCCUACAAGAAAAUGCAGCAUUUUGGGGAGUAAAGAGUAUAUUAUUGAGGCUAACUAAAUGAAGCACUUAAUACAACCUAACUUUAGGCAGGUGAGUUGGCUCCAGGAGAAUACCUAAAUCCUUCUUCCCAUUGCCUGGCCAAAGAGUGGUCUGAUCUCAGAAUGAGCAAGGCUUGCCAGGACAUGUCCAUGGACACAGAGUGGGGCAGGGGAUGGUAAUCCCUGUGAAGAUGAGAGGUGAGGAGAGGAGCUGCUCUAAUGUGUACCUGCACUGGGCAGUACCUGGGGGACCUUUCAACAGCAGCCAAAAUUGCUAAUAGCAGUAAUUACCUGCCAGUGACUCCCUCAACCCACAUCAGUGCAAAUCUCAUUGCAGCCAUCACAGCAUGCUUCAAUAAACAGGUAUCUGAUGGCAAAAAGCACAAAAUCUUUCCUUUCUUUGGUUUCUUUUUUACCUUGAGCAGUAUGAAACAGGAUGACUAUUCAAUUAAUUUGCAGCAGGGAACAAACAAAUUAAAAAGUCAGUAAGAAGCAUUCAAAAUAUCUUAUUUUUUUCAGCAAUCAGGUUUACAGAUGUACCACUUUAAAUGUAAGUCUCAGCUACUACUGAAUCCUGUUGAAAUUGACCGAUAUUGAAGAGUAUGUAACAGGCUUUUAACAGCUCCUUUUAUCUUGGUUCAAUACCAAUUGUAUCUAAGAGCACUGGAAGGGGUUUAGAGAUUUAAUAUCAAUAAUAUCUAGGGAAAAGAGGAGAAUACAGAGAAAAAUGACACUGUUUAAAUGUUUAACAUUUUUAAAGUUUAUCUGUUAGAAUACUUUAGGACAUAAAGUGUAGUGAGAAGAAAAGUCAUCAUGGAUUUUUACUUGCCAGCACAGCCCCUUCUCUGCUCUUCCCACACAGGCCCAUGAUAAGCAGCCUGGAGCCAUAGUCUCCCUAAUGUAGCUACAGACAAAAUAUCAUGCUGUGCUUUGGCUUUGCUCUAGACCAGCUCUUGUUCUUGCUAGAAGUACAUUUUCUCACUUCUGUGCUGCAGAAGCCCAUGAAAGUGCCUGUGUAUUCCUGUGUGCCAUGAACAUUUUGCACAGCUUUUAUACACGACAUUCUAAAACCUGUAAAAAACCUGAUUCACACAAUUGCGGAAUAGGCUGAUUUAGAAGGGACCCAGAAGGAUCAUCGAGUCCAGCUCCCAGCCCUGCACAGCCCAUCCCCAAGAAUCACAAACCCGCCCAGUGUGGGGGAAAGAGGCAGCAUCGUAAGGCUUUCCUAGCCAGUAUUCUUUUGCCUACACAGCUACUUCCCUAAUUCAAGCCCCUUCCCCUAAUAUUCAGCUAUAUUUGCAAACUUAAAGAGAACUAAAAAAAGCCUGAUAGGCCUCAGAUUUAAAUGCUAAAACCAUGAACCUGUAUCAGAUGCAUCCAAAGGAUUCUAUUAAACAUUCUCUACAUGGCAAGGAGGAAGCAAAUGAAUUGCCCAGAGAGGUUGUGGAGUCUCCCUCACUGGACACAUACAAGAACCAUCUGCACUCAGUCCUGUGCCAUGUGCCCUGGGAUGACCCUGCUUGGCCAGGGAGGUUGGACCAGAUGACCAAUUGUUGUCCCUUCCAAUCUUACUCACUCUGUGAUUCUGUGAUUUUGCAAACAGUCUGUAUUCUGCUCUGUCUGAAUCCUUGCUUUAACUCCAGUUUUACCUGUGCAGAGCUCCACAGGCACUUUCCAGCUUGGCAGAGUGAUGGCAAAGCAUGGGAGGGACCAACAGCAAGGUUUUAACCAGCAGUGCAGGUGUGACAAAAUUUCAAAGCUGGCAGAGCUUUGUCUGGAGCAGAGCCAGAAGCGGGACCCAUGCAAGCUAUGUUGCAAUUUUCCCCAAAUCCUCUGCAUUUCCCAGCUUGCCAGGUUGUUUAUCUAAGCAGCACAGGCCACCAGGCAGGCACAUGCAGUGGGGUCUAUGUCUGUGCAUAUGUCUGAACCCCCACAGGACUGGAAGGGCAAUGUCCAGACUGCUUUUAAAAUAAUAAGGAAGAACUAAAAUGACAGAGUAAGUCAUGUGUCAGCCAAUAAAGGAAAGUUGGCUAGGGCUCAAGAGUCAGAGAGAAGGCUACCAAUGUAUUCUCAAAUUAGUACCUAGCUAUUAAUCUCAUAAAUACAAUUCUGUAGCUGUGAUAUACACUUUGGGCAAACCUUUCCUUUGUAGAGCUUGAUGUGAAAAUAUGGAGUUUUAUAGCAUUUUACUGCUUAGACUUGCUUAAAGCUGCAGAUUGCCAUGAUAAGAGAAAGUUAAGGAGAAAUACAACAACCUGUUUAACAUUUCCUCCAAAGCACAUGUCACAGAAAAAUUAAAUUAUCUGUGGACCUUACACAGGAAUUUAUGGUUGCUUAGCCAAGAUUCAUUCCAAGUAAAGGCACAUUCCUGUGUCUGACUGAGCAAAGUCUUUGUCUGACUUUGCAAACUCUUGUGAUGAAGCCAGGACAGCUUCCAGCUGCUGGGAGCUGAUUCCCAGUCCCAGGGGCAGAGGCUGCUGGUGCUUGGAAAUCCCUUUGCUGUUUCCAGCCGGGUAUCUAUUCAGUGCUUUCAGAGGAGGCCCUGCUUUCCAGAAUUUCUCAAGAGGUGCUAGAACUAGUUGCUUUUUUCACUUAAAAAGCAAGAUGUGCAGGUCUAGCAGCAGGCACAGAGGGCAUUCCAUGGAAACCUGACAAUCUGGUGAGGAGCACAACUGGCUGGGUAAAAACUGAGCUCAGUAUUUGUGUAAUAACAGUAAAACUUAAACUUUUAUCUCAAUGUUUUCAGAGCACAGGCUGAAUUACAGAUUUUAUAGAAGUGAGUUCUCUCAUCUAUUUGCCUUUUUGCUCAAAGAGUAACCAUCUGCUUUCUCAGCCUCUGAUCCACCAGAUGCUCAAGUGAGAUAUUUAAGCCCAUAUUCUUUGUGAUGCUUCAUGAAGGGUUAAAAUCUAUGUAGGUGACUUUGUAUCCACCAUCACUGGGAAUGACAAAAAUGAAAUUAUUUCUUUCUGAUAUGUAUUUGUGCUAACAGAAAUUAUUAUGAUUGCAAAAUUGUGUGCAAAACCACAAUAUUUAUAAUUGCAUAUUUAAGCUAAGGUGUGAUUUUAACUGAUAAUGUGAUGUGACUGUAUCUUUAUAGAUAUUAGUUGUGAAAUCCAUGCUAAUUUUAUACUGAUAUACAACUAACACUACAAAACUUUGUCAGAUAUCAUGCUGAUGUGACUGUUUCUGUGUUUGCCCUUUGUUUAAAACAGCAAUCAACCUUUUUUCUUGUACCCAGACGUUGUAAAUUAUAUAUGUGAGAAUGUAUUUUUUUAAUUAUAUGGGUUUAAAUUUAUUGAUAAUUAUAUCAGGUUUUUUUGCUAGAAGUGAAAGUGGCUGGAUGUCAACUACUGACUGCAGUGAUAUAACUUUGUAUAUUUAUUUUGUGGAUAGCAAAGUUCUUUGCAACAUUUAGUCUGAAAUAAAUGUCUGAUUUGUAGCAAUAUUGAAAUCCAUGCCUAUAUCCUUAUUUAACAUCUUUCCAGUAAGGGAUUGCAAUCUUAUUGGACUUUUAUUUAGAAGUUUAUUCAGAAUGUAACAGAAGAGGUGCUGGAGCUUGGGGAGCUCCUUCCUUUCUGAAAUGCUGAGAUUUCAGAACCUUCAGUGAAGGUAAAUUGUGCAGCUGAGAAAGGUCAGGUGUAUUUGUAACACACUUUGGUUCAAAUUAUCACAUGACCUCCCUGAGUUCAGAAUAAAGGAUAUACCAGAGAAGAUCCAGUGUGCUGUAAAAGGGUUUAUGAUGCUGCUGUGGAAAUGGAAGACACAAGUCAAAUGAUAAAGAUCUCACUAGCAUAACUUCAAAAACAAUUAUCUGGAAAAUGGACUGAAGGAGCUGCUGCCGUACCCCCCCCCCCCCCCAGCUACACAGUGAAAGCUUGGAUCAGUCACUUUGGAAGUUGAUAAUUUUGUUUGUUUUUAAAAAGUUAUUCUAGAAAAAAUAAAUAAAAAAUAAACCACACAUACUCACACCCCUAAAUCUGAGCACUGUUACCAUGGAAAAACCCCAUUAUUUCAAGAAUGUGAAAAGAUAAAUUGAUCUUUCAACAGUGAAUUAAUUUCUUUGCUAUGUGUGUUUCUUUUGUUGCAAAAGUUGUUUCUUUUGAUACAAAUUGCAGUGAAAUUUGAAUAUUUUCUUUCUAUAUUUUAUAUCUUCUUCAAAUAGAAUUGUUUCUUUGCUCUUUUGUUCUUUUCAGUAAGAGUUUAUUUUCUCAUGAUUCUUUCACUACUCCUGGGAUACAGUGAUACAGCAAAUGCCAGUGCAUUGGCUCAAAGUGAUUUGGACUCCUGAAUUCAUUAAUCUGGGAGCUGAAUCUUGGAAAUUUUUGAAUUCUAACAAAUUAUGUAACUAUGUAAGAGCAACUGGUUUGGAGGGAGUCUUUUUUUCACUUACCCAGAUUAAUUCUGGUUUCAUUCUGUCACUUCAUGUGGUUUAUUUAUUUAUUAUAAAUAGUGGGAAAUUAUUCAGAGAAAUGUACUACUGAUAAAUGUAGAACAAUUUUUGUUCAAAAGAAGCAUUUUGUAAUUCUUGGAUGCAUGCUACUGUGGGGAUUAAUUUGUAAUGGAUUUUUGUUGCUAUUCUAAUAAAAUGUUGAGCAAGAUAA